GCGGAAUGCGCAUGCGCAACCAAUAUCGACUUGAAAUGUCAAAUAGUUGGUGCUGCUUGAAAAAGUGCGUUUUUCGGAUGUUUUAAAGACAAUAAGACGGCGUUAUUGAUUGGACGUCACAUGACCACACGGCGCCGACGCCUUUAGUUGGUAACGUCAGUCCUUGCGAGAACUGAAAUUUUCUGUGCUUACUUCGCGAAUAAAAAUAUACGAAAAAUGUGCAAAAUAUUGUUAAUACCUUCUUUGGUGCAGUGAUUGGGUUUUUAAGUUGUAAGGAAUAUUUUUGGUAAAUUAAAGGAAAAAAUCCAAGAUGUCGUCUGUUAAGGUAGCUGUAAGGGUUAGGCCCUUCAACAAUAGGGAAAUAGCAAGGGACGCACGGUGCAUUAUAAAAAUGGGUGGAAAUACAACAACCAUUCAAAAUCCCAAGUGUGAUGAAAGAAAAGAUGCUCAAAAAAUCCACUCGUUCAACUUCGAUUACUCGUACUGGUCGCAUGACGAAAGCGACCCGGAAUUCUCUUCGCAACUGGUCGUCUACAAAGACAUCGGCGAAGAGAUGCUACAGCACUCGUUUGACGGUUACAACGUCUGCAUAUUCGCUUACGGGCAGACGGGCGCGGGGAAAUCUUACACGAUGAUGGGCAAGCAGGAGGAAGCCCAGGAGGGGAUCAUUCCGCAAAUAUGCCAGGACUUGUUCUUGAAGAUUCGCACCAACAGCUCCGCUGACAUAAAAUACUCCGUGGAAGUGAGUUACAUGGAGAUCUACUGCGAGCGUGUGAGAGAUUUGUUGAAUCCGAAGAACAAGGGCAACUUAAGGGUGCGGGAACAUCCAUUGCUCGGCCCGUAUGUGGAAGAUUUAAGUAAAUUGGCCGUCACGAGUUACGAGGACAUCCAUUACUUGAUAGACGAGGGAAAUAAGGCUAGAACUGUAGCAGCUACAAACAUGAACGAGACCAGUUCUAGAUCACAUGCAGUUUUCACCAUUUUUUUCACACAACAAAGAUAUGACGAUACAACACAAUUGACCACAGAAAAAGUUUCCAAGAUCUCACUGGUGGAUCUAGCGGGCUCGGAACGUGCAGAUUCUACGGGGGCGAAGGGAACGCGUCUCAAGGAGGGCGCCAAUAUCAACAAAAGUUUAACCACGCUGGGAAAAGUUAUUUCUGCUUUGGCUGAAAUCGCAACAAAGAAUAAAAAAUCGAAAAAGGCUGAUUUUAUACCGUAUAGAGAUUCUGUUUUGACAUGGUUGUUAAGAGAAAAUUUGGGUGGUAACAGUAAGACUGCCAUGAUUGCUGCUAUAUCGCCUGCUGAUAUUAAUUACGAUGAAACAUUGUCGACUCUAAGAUACGCUGAUAGAGCCAAACAGAUUGUCUGCAAGGCUGUGGUCAAUGAAGACGCGAAUGCUAAACUUAUCAGAGAACUCAAGGAGGAGAUUAUGAAAUUGCGCGAACUACUCAAGGCAGAGGGCAUUGAAGUUCAAGAAGGGGCAGAUGGUAAAAUUAAGUACGAAAAAAGUUCGGCCAGAUCAGAAGAAAACAUGGUUGCCAGGAACAACAAGGAAAACUCGAGGUCGCGUACUACGUCGACCACGAUAGCCGAGGAAGCUGUCGAUCAGCUUCAAGCUUCGGAAAAGUUGAUAGCGGAGCUGAACGAAACUUGGGAGGAAAAGUUGAAGAAAACCGAGGCUAUUCGGGUUCAACGCGAGGCCGUCUUCGCCGAAAUGGGCGUGGCCGUCAAGGAGGAUGGCAACACUGUAGGGGUCUUCUCCCCCAAAAGAACACCGCAUUUGGUGAACUUGAACGAAGAUCCGUUCAUGUCUGAAUGUUUGAUAUACUACAUAAAAGAUGGUUUUACCAGAAUCGGUUCAGCCGAAGCUAAUAUCCCUCAAGACGUUCAAUUGUCAGGUUCUCACAUAAAAUCUGAGCAUUGCGUUUUUGAAAAUAAGGAUAACAAAGUGACGUUGGUGCCCCUUAAUGGCGCUUUAAUCUACGUCAAUGGUCGAGAGGUGACCGAACCAAUUUUGCUGACGACCGGAAGUCGCGUGAUCCUCGGCAAGACGCACGUGUUCCGGUUCACGCAUCCGGACGAGGCGCGCGAGAUGCGCGAAAAAAACACGCCCCUGGAGACCGUCGAUUGGUCCUUCGCUCAGAACGAGUUGUUGGAGAAGCAGGGGGUGGAUUUGAAGGCGGAAAUGGCGAAAAAGUUGGUCACCCUGGAGGAGCAGUACCGGAAGGAAAAAGAGACCGCCGAUCAGCUGUUCGAGGAGCAAAGAAAGAAUUACGAGGCACGAAUCGACGCCCUACAAAAACAAGUGGAGGAGCAAAGCAUGACGAUGUCGAUGUACAGUUCGUACACCCCUGAAGAUUUUAAUAAUGACGAUGACAUUUUCGUUAAUCCACUGUUUGACACAGAAUGUACCUGGACCGAAAAAGAGUUCGAAAUGGCUGCACACGCGUGGCGAAAAUGGAAGCACCAUCAAUUCACGUCGCUUAGAGACGAUUUGUGGGGAAACGCGAUUUUCCUUAAAGAAGCCAACGCUAUUUCUGUGGAGUUAAAGAAAAAAGUUCAAUUCCAAUUCACCCUUCUCACCGACACUUUGUACUCCCCCUUGCCCCCCGAUCUAAAACCCCGCAUAGACUACGACCAAGAAGAAGAUGUCAAUGUGCCGCGCACUAUUGUGGCAGUUGAAGUACAAGAUACGAAAAAUGGCGCCACCCAUUAUUGGUCGUUGGAUAAACUACGACAAAGAUUGGAGCUGAUGCGCGAGAUGUACCACAACGAGGCGGAAAUGUCGCCCACCUCCCCUGACUACAACGUGGAGUCCCUGACAGGGGGCGAUCCUUUUUACGACCGGUUCCCUUGGUUUAGAAUGGUCGGUAGAGGUUUUGUCUAUCUCAGCAACCUUCUGUACCCGGUUACGUUGAUACACAAAGUGGCCGUUGUGAGCGAGAAAGGCGACGUCAGGGGUUACUUGAGGGUCGCAGUUCAGGCUGUAAUGGACGAAGACAACUCGGACCAAGUGGGGGUCAGGCAGAGUGCUAGAAUCGCCUUCGAGGGCGCCCAGAAGACCAUCAUGGACAGAAACAUCCACAACAUGGACGAGAGGGUCAUAGAGGGUCACAACAACAUCGACCCCAUCAAGCUCGAUGAGUUGAUAGAAUGCGAUGCCGACUCCGGAAGAGGCGACAGCUCUGUCUCCUCCGACCUGAAGGAAGAAGAAAUCCCCGAACACUUAGCUGUUGGGAGGGAGUUCACUUUCAGAGUGACGGUGCUUCAAGCGGUCGGCAUUUCCACCGAGUAUGCCGAUAUUUUCUGCCAGUUCAACUUCCUACACAGGCACGACGAGGCGUUUUCAACCGAGCCGGUCAAAAACACCGGCAAAGGCACACCGCUUGGAUUCUACCACGUACAAAACAUUACGGUCUCAACCACGAAAUCCUUCAUCGAGUACAUCAAAACUCAACCGAUAGUGUUCGAAGUUUUCGGCCACUAUCAGCAACACCCUUUGCACAAGGACGCCAAGCUGGAGGGGUCGGUUAGGCAACCACCUCGACGCAUGCUGCCACCUUCGAUCCCGAUUUCGCAGCCUGUGAGGUCCAGCAAGUUCGGAGCUCUACCCUCACCUUGUACAGCUCAUAUUCACGCCAAGGUAGACGUUCUUGUGUGGUUUGAAAUAUGCGAGUUGGCUCCAAACGGAGAGUAUGUCCCUGUAGUGGUGGAACAUAGCGACGAGUUGCCCUGCAGAGGCUUGUUUUUGCUACACCAGGGUAUACAGCGGCGCAUCAGGAUAACUAUAGUGCACGACCAAGCUGCGGAAAUAAAAUGGCGCGACGUCAGAGAGCUCGUCGUGGGUAGGAUCAGGAACUCCCCAGAGUCUGAGUUGGAUGAAGACAACGACAGCUCGGUGCUGUCGCUGGGUUUAUUCCCAGGGGAGUACCUGGAGAUUCCAGGCGACGAUAGGGUUAUGUUUAGGUUUGAAGCCGCCUGGGACAGCUCUCUGCAUAACUCUCCUUUACUGAAUAGAGUCACCUCGCAAGGAGAGCAGAUUUUCAUGACUAUAUCUGCCUAUUUAGAGCUCGAAAAUUGUGGACGACCAGCCAUCAUCACCAAAGACCUCAGCAUGGUUAUGUACGGCAGAGACGCUAGAACCGGUCCAAGGUCGUUGAAGCACCUCUUCUCCGGAAGCUAUAGAAACGCGGAAGCCAACCGACUGUCCGGCGUCUACGAGAUACUUUUGCGUCGUGCUAGUGAAGCAGGUAGUCCAGGAGUGCAGAGACGCCAAAGGAGAGUUCUGGACACCUCUUCAACCUACGUACGUGGGGAAGAGAACCUCCACGGUUGGAGGCCGCGCGGAGACUCUCUAAUUUUCGACCACCAAUGGGAGUUGGAGAAGUUGACGCGUUUGGAGGAGGUGGAGAGGGUUCGACACACCCUUAUGCUCAGAGAACGGCUCGGUCUAGAUAAAGCGAUGAAUUGUAACAAGUAUCAGUUGGAGUAUACUAAAAGUGAGAAGGAUGUGUGCAAUAUGGUGGCCAAAAACAACCACAGCAACUCUGGUAACUUGGACUCGUAUGACUACAAUGAGACAGAAAAGGAUCUGGUAAACAAGUGUGUAAAGUUGAUACAGGGCCGUAGUCGGGCCGAAACCAACAGUAAGGUUAAGGAUAACGAUGUGACAAGUCCUUCGGACGAAAUUACCGAUAUGAGCACCAGCAUGAUAUCCAGCAUCAUGAGCAACGGUUCUAUAGAACUUUGUUCUCCAGAAAGAGCUCCGCUGCCAGGCGAAUGCGCUCCAUUCCCGGCUCUGCAGGCUUCAAGCCCGGGUCCUAGAGACCCAGAGUUGGUUUUGUACGUCCCGGAUAUGGAGGAGAUCAGGAUCAGCCCUGUUGUUGCUAGAAAAGGUUAUUUGAACGUUUUGGAGCACAAAACUCACGGCUGGAAGAAGCGAUGGGUGGCUGUCCGUCGCCCCUACGUUUUCAUCUUCAGAGACGAAAAGGACCCCGUGGAAAGGGCGCUGAUAAAUUUGGCAACCGCGCAGGUCGAGUACUCGGAAGAUCAGUUGGCCAUGGUGCGCGUGCCGAACACCUUCAGCGUGGUCUCGAAGCACAGGGGCUAUCUGCUCCAAACGCUGCACGAAAAGGAGGUGCACGAUUGGCUGUACGCCAUAAACCCCCUAUUGGCCGGCCAAAUAAGGUCGAAAUCCUCGAGGAGCAACCCCGUUAAGGAGGUCACGGAGGUCACGGUGAGCAACAAAUGAGAAUUACUCUCGAUGGAGUCUGUUUUGGUUUAUUAACUAAAUACCUAAUACAUACAUAAGCUUGAUGUGUACUCUAAGCAGGGAGUCAUUUCAUGUCGCCCUGUAUAAUCUAUGUUUAUUUAAAAAAAAUGACACGCUGUUUUUAGAGGACGACACCCAAUCGUAUUUAUUUCGGAUUCCAUAACAUAGUGAAAAAAUUCUAGUCAUAAAGCUGUUAUAUUAAUUUUAAAAUAAAAAUCUCAAAUAGGCAACUUUCCAAGGAAUUGUAUGAAUGACAUAUAAUAAUAAUAAUUAAAAAAAAGCUUAUUAUUUUUAAUGAUCUCGGUGUUUAAGCUUAUUAUAAGAUCUAUCACCCCUACCAAAAAUAUUUAAGGCCUCAACCCUCUCAAUUAAUUAAAUAAUUUAUGUGCAAUGUUAACACAAUUAUAGCUAUACAAACGGGCACUUGUCGGUGUAUUGUACAGGGUUUAAUCGAACGAACAGUUAGGAGUUUUUAAAAUCCGAUGACGUCAUCAAAUUUGGCGCACUCUCUUUGGUAUGCACUGAAAAUUUCGUCGAAAUCGCUUCAUUAUUAAGAAAGUUACGAUUUUUUACAAACGUCAAAUCGUUUUGUUAAAAAAAUUGCACAGCACACUAAAAAACGUCUUAACCUUUAAGUGACAGCUGUCAAAAUGUGACUUUUUAAGUGACAUCUGUCAAAAUGUGACGUAUUAAGUGACAGCUGUCAAAAGGUUACGUUUUUAAGUGACAGAUGUCAAAAGGUGAUGUUUUUACGUGACGGCUGUCAAAAUGUGACGUUUUUGGUGACACAUGUCAAAAUGUGACGUUUUCAAGUGACGGCUGUCAAAAUUUGUUGUUUUUAGUGACAUAUGUCAAUAUUUUAAAAAAAUCCGUAUAAAUUUUUUAUCUUAAGUCCGAUUUCAAUGAAAUUUUCAUGGUGUACUAAAUAAACUACGUUUUUUAUGGCGUUUUGAUUUUAUUAUAAUUUAUUGUUAUUUUGUUGUAAAUAACGAAAUUCUAGUUAAUAUUAUACUAUUACUUUGGCAAAAAUGUAUAUAAUGGUUCUAUUCUAGCACAAUAUUUAAUAUUAUUUGCAUGUAUUGGGCGACUGUAUACAGAAUUUUUAUGAUUUAAUUAAUUUAUUUUGCAAUUUAAAACAAUUCUGAUCUAAUUUGACAGACAUCUUUUAAAUAAAAAAAAGUAUAUAUUAAAUCGUAAAAAUUAUAUGAUCAGUAAGUAGCUCAAUAUUUAUUUUCGUUACGGUUGCUGGCAUGUGUAAAAUAAUUAUUACAGCUAUGACCUAGCAACGACUUUUUGAAGCUGUUUUAUUGUUUUUAAAAAUGAAAAAAUGUUGGAUGGAGAUUGGGACAAUUACAUAUUACUGCUUGUUGACAAAAAAAUACGUAUACUUUAUUUUUCUAAUUACUCUAUAUUAAUUUAUCCCUUAGACACUGCUAUGCUUUCAAAAACGAGCUAUAUAUGUAUAAAUAUGCCCCUAGCAUAUUUAAAGAAAAAAAAGUAGAGAAUCUUUAGGGAAUUUUUGAAUUUUAAUUUACAUAACCCAUAUUAUUGUAUAAUUGUAUAAGUAUUAUAUUGAAUAAAGAUUAAUAAAGUAA